GUUUAGAAAUGAUACCAACCCCAAUUCCGGAAAUGAAUUCAACAAAGUGGAAGGGUUUGGUUAUCGGAGAAGGACAGAUUUUUCCUAAUGCAGUGGCUCUUAGGCAAGCACUGUAUAGGUAUAUGGGUGCAUACUCAAUGGGACAAAGACAAGAUUCUGAGUUGUUAAUAAUUAGAACCUUAAGAAGUGAGCAUGUGCAUUAUGCACAGGACAACUUGGUUGUAUCUCACUCUAGAGGGUCAAACUUAACAUCAUCAAUCAUGAUAGAUUCUUUGAGGUGUAAUAUAGACAAGAAUGCUAAUGAAAUUAGAAGAGAUCUGUAUAGAGAAUAUGGGGUGCGAUUGAAUUAUAGUCAAGCAUACAGGGGUAGAGAAAGAGCAUUGAGGGAAAUACAUGGUCGUGCACAGGAUUCAUACAUGGUGAUUCCCUGGAUUUGUGAAAGGCUCAUUGAAACUGAUCCAAACACAAGUGCUUGAUGGGAAGGGUUGGAUAGUA